CCAAAAGCCAUUAGAGACCAGGCCGGUGAAGAAACGAAAGAGCUCCCUCCUCGAUUAAGGCAGGCGAGACCCAGAACUGUGAUUGUAGGCAAUGGGGGUAGAAGUUAUGGAUAUCUGCAUCGACAAGGAGCAUGAUUUUGCAAUAGCUUAUCAGAAUGGGACUUCCCAUGACCCAGAUGAACCUGUUGUGCUAAAUCAUGAUCAUGUCCAUGAAUCCUAUGAGCCGAUCAGCGUUGAUGCUGAACAACAGAGUGCAGAAGGGAGCAUUGAGUCGAAGGAGUACGAAGUGAAAGAAUGCACAACUGAAAUUGUGGUUGAGACUAUUGAGUUUUCCCUUGCUGAACAAUGUAAGGAGGACCAGUCUGCUGUAAAUUCAUCAUCUGAGGACGGUUUAGAUGAGAAAGUUAAAUCAGGAACCAAGGCAUCGAAGGAUGAGAACAAGUCGCAUAGGUCACCCAAGAAACAUGCAGCGAAGCAUGGAGUUGCUCGAACAAAACACACUGUUCCACAACCAUUUGCCCUAGCAACUGAAAAGCGUGCGUCAUCUGGAACUCGUCCUUCUGCAAAGGCUGGUCCAAAUAAAAAAACUAAAGGAAACAAUGUGCUACGUCCAAAUACGGCGAAACAGAAUCAGCCUCUUCCAGUGACUAGAAGGCCAUUACAACCGAAGAACAAGAAGCAUCCCGGAGAAGAAGAUUCAUGUUCUGUCACUAGCUCGUAUCCUAUCAAAAGUACUGGAGCUUCUGUGCAGACAAUGAAGACACAUUCAAUUAUUGCUUCCGCUCCAAAAUUCAGAUCUAGCCAACGUGCUGAGAAACGAAAGGAGUUUUACUCAAAAUUAGAGGAGAAACAACAAGCUCUGGAGGCUGAGAAGACCCAAAACGAAGCAAGGACAAAGGAAGAGAUGGAGGCAGCUAUUAAGCAAUUAAGAAAGAGUUUAACAUUCAAGGCGAACCCAAUGCCAAGUUUCUAUCAUGAAGGUCCACCCCAAAAGACUGAGCUGAAAAAGGUACCAACAACUCGUGCCAAAUCACCUAAGUUGGGUAGAAAAAAGAGCACUAGUGAUGCAACUGCUCCAUCGCAUACAAACAAGAGCGAAGCAGCAUUGAAUCAGGGAGUUCCUCAGGAAAAGGCAAUUGAAGGUGUUCCAUUCCUCAAUCCAAAUGGACACAGCCAUACAGAAAUUGGCAUAGAAUGUUAAUCAUAGGGUGAAUUUCCUUAAUUUAUGAGGCAACUGGGGUUCAUGUUCUCAUUAUGUUCCAAACAAUUUGCUUGUUCAUAUGUUUGUUUCCUGUUUUUUUUUUUUUUUACUUUUCUCUUUCCCCAGUUCAAGAUCAGUGUAAUGGCUUUGUUGUUGUCUUAUAGUUUUCUGUAAUUUAUGGAAGUGUAAAUCUGUGUUAAGUUAUUGACUAUCUAUACAAAGAGAAUCAUCAAUCUUUGGUUUUUCCAAUAAA